CAGUUGUUGCAGGAGUGCAACAGAAGAUGAUGGAGGAAGAAGAUAACAGCAGCAGCAGUAGCAAAGGCCCAGCAGGCUCAGAAAACCAGAAGGAUGGCUAUUAUCAUUGAUGACGACUGACUGACUAGAGAGAGUGUUUUGUAAGGAAAGCAACCAGUUUUAUUUCGUCCUUAUUUGCAUUUUAGACUGAUAAUAAUUUUCUGGGUAGAUCUAUCUAUCUUUCUCAGAUUUGGAAGCUCCCAGCUGCUGGGAUUUUUUAGUUGAGAAUGGAUUUCUCGGCGGUUUGUUUGGACGGGGUGUUGGGAAUGGGGGGGAGUAAUAACCAGCUUAAGCAUUGCCGGUCGGGCUCUGAGAUGGAUUUGGAGAACACGACGUCAAGGGAUCAAGACUGGAGAAGUGCAGCCAAGAUGGCUCGUACUGAUUCAUACCUUAUGCGGAGUGGUUCUAUGGUGUCUGAUGCUUCGCAUAAUGCUUCUUCUGAGUUGAUGGAGUGUGCAGAGCAGCAGGCUAGUAGGCUAAUGAGAAGUGAUUCUGUUGUUUCUCCUUAUAAUAAGUGUCUUACCAGCUUGCCCUUUGGGGGGUACCAGUAUUCCACGUCCACUAAGCCUGCAGGAAUCCUGCCUAUGGGUGUUUCCAAUGGAGGCAACGGCAUGCAUGGAAUAUUUGGCGGUACACGGAUGAGUCCGUUUACGGCGUCACAGUGGCAGGAGUUGGAGCACCAGGCCUUAAUUUUCAAGUAUAUGAUGGCUGGUAUGGCGGUACCGCCAGAGCUUCUGAUUUCGAUUCGUAAAAAUCACACCUUGAAUAUGUUCUCUACUCUGUCUUCACCAGGUUUAGGAUCCCUCCGCCCCAACUUGGGGUGGGGUUCUUUCCAUUUGGGUUUUGCCAACAAUACGGAUCCAGAGCCGGGAAGAUGCCGCAGAACGGAUGGGAAGAAGUGGCGUUGUUCCAGGGACGCCGUUCCAGACCAGAAGUAUUGUGAACGGCACAUGAACAGAGGCCGUCACCGUUCAAGAAAGCCUGUGGAAGGCCAGACUGCAAAUCAAACUAGCGGCGGCGCCGCCAACACUGGCGGCGCUGCUAACAAUUCCUCCUCUGCAACGACAACAAGUCUGGCUGCUGCUCGUAGCGCUGCAAAUCCUGCUAAUAUCAAUGCUACUAAUAAUAGUAUUAGUAGUAAUAAUAAUAGCAAUGCCAAUUUAUCCUCUCUAGCAAAUUUACGCCAAUCUCAACAACAGCACCACACAGGGCUUAAGCACAAUGCCUUUGCUUCAUCCAUCGAUGCUUCUUCCACUCCCUUCCAAAUUCCGCUCAACGUCGACAGGUAUCUGAACGGGAUAAAAAGUGAGAUAUCUGGGCAGUAUUUUGAGCCCACAAACAGCAGCCUUUUCAACGACAAUACAUGGCGAUCAAGAAUGGUAACGCCCACGGCAAAGACUACAAACAAUCUGAUAAGCUUUGAGACUCGAUCUCUAGUGGAGGAGGCCCCAGACUUCGGGCUGGGCCAGAUGAAUCUCCUCCCUCUGACAAACCAACGUAACGAAUCCCAACAGCAAAGGCCCGCGGGCAUACGGCACUUCUUUGACGACUGGCCCACCACCACCACCGCCGCCGCCGCCACUACAAGAGACCACCGCUCAGCCGCUCUAUCAUGGUCAGACAUGGAGCACUUGCGCACCGCCGCCGCCGCCGCCUCCACCACCACCUCCACCUCCUCUGCCACUCAGCUCUCCAUUUCCAUUCCCUCUGAUUUCUCCUCCCCUACAUCCCCAAAUAACAAGCUAACUCUCUCACCUCUCAAGCUCUCAACAGCCCGCUCAGAAGACCCAUUAGUAAUGGACAUGGGCUUGGGAAUGGGCAUGGGUUUGGGCAUUCACGAAUCCGACCACCAUCAGCGCCACCACCAGCGGCAGCAAAGCCAUCAGCAGCAGCACACAAGCUGGAUUCCAAUAACAUGGGAGAGCCCAGUUGGUGGGCCCCUAGCGGAGGUUCUCAAUUCCACCACCGCCACCCCUAGUGCCAAAAACACUUCCUCCUCUGCGCUUAAUCUCAUGAUCGGUGAUGGGUGGGACUGCAGCAGCAGUAGCCCUGGCCGUGGGGACACUUCACCGACAGGUGUCUUGCAGAAGACUUUUGGUUCCCUGUCUGAUAGCAGUACAGGCAGUAGCCCCCGUGCUCUUAAGGGGGAUUCCGGUGGCCUCUGUGAUAAUCUCAGGACUGUGGCGUUUGUCACUGCACCCGCUCAAAUCUCCACCACUUAAUCAGGAUGUCUACUGGAUUAUUUUAGCCAGUUGCUGUGGUUAGGAUGCUUCAAGUUGCUGUAGUAAAUUGCCAUGGAAGAUCUGAUACCGUGACCUUGUCGUGCAUGCUUAUGUUGCUUAACAACUAAAGCUGAAAAAGAGCAGUUGACACAAUCAGAACCCCACUGCCAAUCACAACGAAAUCUGGUUUUAACUAGAUCAUUCAUGUAUGAUGACCAUCAUGAAAUGAUUUGCUGAUAUACUUGACCUGAAACAGUAAUUGACAGAGUAUUGCUUUCUUUUGACUUGUGAGUUUAUUUAUUUGUAUGAAUUGUUGCCUUGUUAGAAAAGAGAAAAAAAGGAGAAAAAAAGCAGAAAGGAGACUAUGUAUGUUUUGUUAAUGAUCAAUGUCAACUUCUCAGACACAUCUGCUGCUAAAAUUAAGCAUGGCUCUCUGCAAUCUGUGAUAUCAAUGCAGUAACAAAAGCUAUGUUAGAAGUUCUGUAUCUGUCAAAAAGACUAUUUGUGGUACUUUCUUGAUUGAAUGAAUGACAGAUUAAAUGAGAGUCUUUACUCUA